ACUGUUUGACCCUCGGAUGCAGGAACAGCAACCUCAUCCACAGCACCUUAGCUCUGCUAUGCUCUGCCUCAAAUUCUAUACAGAUUUAACUUGAACUGUCUUUCAAAAAUCUUUCUUCCCUUUUCUUUUUCAUGUGUUUCAGAUUCAUAUCUGGCACUUCUCAAUAUCUAUAUAUGCAUUUAAUUUCCCUAUCUGGCCUCUACAUUUGCGUCCUGGCUUACGUUAGUCCCCAGCUAGAUCGCCUACAAUCUUGUUUCCUCUCUUGUUUUAUCAUGUGAAAGUGUGAAACUUAAUUCUUCUUACUACUUGUUUAUAUUGUAUUCAUUAUUCAAAAACCAAGAAAAUUAGAGAAAUACCACUUGACUUGCAAUUGCUAAUCAUGCAAUAAUUCCAUUUUCUCAAUCACUCUUUCUCUCUCUUGCAGAUUUUGACCUUCUAGAAUGCGUGUACUCCUUGUUUUCUACUCCAAUCUUGCCCUUUUUGCUUCCUAUUUCUUUAUUUCUUUGAUACCCUUUUGUUACUAGUUUAUUAUACAGCUGUUGAACUUUCAAAAUUUUGCUUUAUUUUGCAAAAUUUCAACUGGGUUCUUUUGUUUUUUAAAUUGGGGUUGAUGAUGAAGUAGAUGAGCAAAGCAAAUACCCGUUUAAGUUUAUGGUUUUGUUGCUUCUACAGCUACGAGUCAAAAGUAAGACUUGGCUGGCUUGCUUCUCUGAUUUCAAACAAAAAAAGGUUCAAUGAAAACAAAAACUCCUUUGCUUUUCCUUUUUUGUCUUCUUCCAUUGGGAUCUGGAUGUGUCAUGGACUAUUUUUGCUGAUUUUUCUUAGUGUCAUUGGAUCAAAAGGAUUUUGAUUCUGUCAGCUGCAAAAUUGGAAUCAGGUUCUUUAUAUAUUGGCUGAAUUGAAAGACCAAGUUUCUAGCAGACAACUUCUGUGAUUUGAGAAGCAAAUUAGUUCCAGUAUCUGAGGUUUAUGUGUUUGAGCAGUUUGGAAAAAUAUCUUUCAACUGCAUAUAAUGGCUGGAGGUAGAAGAAAGAAGCAGCAGUUUAGCAGAAUCCAUGCCUUCUCAUGUGGAAAAACAUCUUUCAAAGGCGACCAUUCACUGAUUGGAGGUCCUGGCUUUUCAAGGGUAAUCUAUUGCAAUGAUCCUGAAUGUUUUGAGGCUGGAGUCCACAAUUAUAGCAGCAACUAUGUUAGAACUACAAAGUAUACUCUUGCAACAUUUUUCCCCAAGUCAUUGUUUGAGCAAUUCAGGAGGGUCGCCAAUUUUUAUUUCCUCAUCUGUGCAAUUUUGUCUUUCACUCCAUUGUCUCCUUACUCUGCUGUUAGUAAUGUUGUUCCUCUUGUUGUUGUUAUUGGAGCUACUAUGGGGAAAGAGUUGAUUGAAGAUUGGAGGAGGAAGAGGCAGGAUAUUGAAGUGAACAAUCGCAAUGUAAAAGUGCAUAAUGGUGAUGGUACUUUUAAUCAUACUAAAUGGAGGGAUUUGAAAGUUGGAGACAUAGUAAAGGUGGAAAAGGAUGAGUUUUUUCCUGCUGAUCUUAUCUUACUUUCCUCAAGUUAUGACGAAGCAAUUUGCUAUGUUGAGACCAUGAAUCUUGAUGGAGAAACCAAUUUGAAACUGAAACAAGCACUGCUUGCAACUUCAAAUCUUCACGAGGAUGCUAGCUUUCAAGAUUUCAAAGCUUUAAUAAGAUGUGAAGAUCCAAAUGCAAACCUCUACUCGUUCGUAGGCACUUUGGAGCUUGGAGAGCAGCAGUACCCUCUUUCACCUCAGCAACUUCUGCUUAGGGACUCAAAGUUGCGAAACACGGAUUAUAUUUAUGGGGUGGUUAUUUUCACGGGUCAUGACACUAAGGUUAUGCAGAAUUCAACAGAACCCCCUUCCAAGAGAAGCAAAAUUGAGAGAAGAAUGGACAAGAUUAUCUACUUCUUGUUCUUUGUCUUGGUUUUAAUGUCUUUUAUUGGGUCAAUUUUCUUUGGAAUUGCAACAAGGGAAGAUCUCAAAAAUGGGAUGAUGAAAAGAUGGUAUCUCAGGCCGGAUGACACUACAGUUUAUUAUGACCCGAAGAGAGCAGUGGCUGCCGCUGUUUUGCAUUUUAUGACUGCCCUUAUGUUGUAUAGCUAUUUGAUUCCAAUUUCCUUGUAUGUAUCAAUAGAAAUUGUCAAAGUUCUUCAGAGCAUUUUCAUCAACCAAGAUCUGCAUAUGUACUAUGAGGAAGGUGAUAAGCCAGCACAAGCUCGGACAUCAAAUUUGAAUGAAGAACUUGGCCAAGUUGACACUAUACUUUCUGAUAAAACAGGAACACUGACUUGCAACUCAAUGGAAUUUAUCAAGUUUUCUGUGGCUGGGACCUCCUAUGGUCGAGGAGUGACUGAAGUUGAGAGAGCUAUGGCUAAGAGAAAGGGAUCGCCUUUACCUCAAGAGGAAAUAGAAGAUGACACGCAUAUUGAGGAACAAACUGAACAAAAACCAUCCAUGAAAGGGUAUAAUUUUGUGGAUGAAAGGAUUACCAAUGGUCAUUGGGUAAACGAACCUCAUGCGGGUGUAAUCCAAAAGUUCAUAAGAUUAAUGGCUAUCUGCCACACUGCAAUACCUGAAAUUGAUGAAGAAAGUAGAAAAGUAACUUAUGAAGCUGAAUCACCAGAUGAGGCAGCAUUCGUAAUUGCAGCUAGAGAGCUUGGAUUUGAAUUUUAUGAAAGAACACAAACCAGCAUCUUACUGCAUGAGUUAGAUCCAGUAGCUGGCAGGACAAUUGAGAGGAAUUAUCAGCUUCUGCAUAUUAUUGAGUUUAGUAGCUCUAGAAAGCGGAUGUCAGUAAUUGUAAGGAAUGAGGAGGGACAGCUGCUACUACUCUGUAAAGGUGCUGACAGUGUCAUGUUUGAAAGACUUGCAAAGAAUGGAAGAGAGUUUGAAGAGCAAACUAAAGAGCACAUUAAUGAGUAUGCUGAUGCUGGUUUGAGGACUUUGGUGCUUGCAUAUCGUGAACUUGAUGAGGACGAAUACAAUGAAUUCAAUCAGGAGUUUACUGAGGCCAAGAACUCAGUAAGUUCAGAGCGUGAGGAAAUGAUUGAGGAAGUGGCAGCCAAGAUUGAGAGGGAUUUGAUUCUUGUUGGCGCUACAGCAGUUGAAGACAAACUUCAAAAUGGGGUUCCCGAAUGUAUUGACAAGCUUGCUCAAGCUGGAAUUAAAAUAUGGGUUUUGACUGGAGACAAGAUGGAGACAGCUAUUAACAUUGGCUUUGCCUGUAGUUUACUUAGACAAGGAAUGAAACAAGUAAUAAUCAGCUCGGAGACCCCAGAACAUAAAGCCCUACAGAAAAUGGAGGACAAGGCUGCUGCUGCUGUGGCUUCCAAGGCAAGCAUCCUCCAUCAGAUAAGUGAGGGGAAAGCAUUGCUCACUGCAUCAAGUGAAAGUCCUGAGGCAUUGGCUUUGAUCAUUGAUGGGAAUUCACUCACUUAUGCUCUUCAGAAUGAUGUCCAAGACAAGUUUCUCGAGCUUGCCAUUGGAUGUGCAUCCGUCAUUUGCUGCCGUUCAUCUCCUAAACAGAAAGCUCUUGUUACGCGAUUAGUUAAAACCAAAACCGGUAGUACAACAUUAGCAAUUGGUGAUGGAGCAAAUGAUGUUGGAAUGCUUCAGGAAGCAGAUAUUGGUGUUGGUAUUAGUGGGGUCGAAGGAAUGCAGGCAGUCAUGUCAAGUGAUUUUGCAAUUGCUCAAUUCCGAUAUUUGGAGCGCUUGCUACUCGUUCAUGGACAUUGGUGUUACAGAAGAAUCUCAUCAAUGAUAUGCUAUUUCUUUUACAAGAAUAUUGCAUUUGGCUUCACUCUCUUCUUCUACGAGGCAUAUGCAUCAUUCUCUGGCCAACCUGCGUACAACGAUUGGUUUUCGUCUCUGUAUAAUGUCUUCUUCACGUCGCUUCCCGUGAUUGCCUUGGGAGUAUUCGACCAGGACGUAUCUGCACGCUUUUGCCUGAAGUUCCCGCUGUUAUACCAAGAAGGCGUCCAAAAUGUCCUAUUUAGCUGGCUAAGAAUCUUUGGCUGGGCAUUUAACGGGGUGUUGACUGCGACGUUAAUCUUCUUCUUCUCCAUCUCUGCGAUGGAGCAUCAAGCCUUUAACAAAGCUGGGAAAGUUGCUGGCUUAGAGGUCCUCGGGGCGACGAUGUACACAUGCGUCGUGUGGGUUGUUAACUGCCAAAUGGCACUAUCGAUCAGCUAUUUCACUUACGUACAGCAUCUCUUCAUCUGGGGUGGCAUUAUAUUCUGGUAUUUGUUCCUAUUAGCAUAUGGAGCAAUGGAUCCUGAUAUAUCAACUACUGCCUUCAAGGUUUUCGUUGAAGCUUGUGCACCGGCUCCAUCUUACUGGCUCAUCACAUUCUUCGUAUUGAUCUCUUCACUCAUCCCAUAUUUCGCAUACUCAGCCAUCCAGAUGAGAUUUUUCCCCUUGUAUCAUCAGAUGAUACAGUGGAUAAGAAGCGACGGACAAACAGAAGAUCCUGAAUACUGUCAUAUGGUGCGACAGAGAUCGUUGCGGCCUACAACCGUAGGCUACACAGCCCGUUUUUCAAAACGCGAGAGACGGUAAACAAAUCAACGAAGCAUUCAAACAUGCUUGCAGAUUUUUGUUGCUGAGGAAAGCUUCUUCUCACUGUACAUAUGUGACACACCACAGUUCAGUUAUGCUGCUUGACGAGAAGAAUCUGCAAACUCCCAAGUGUUUAGUGCAGGAUAUAUUUAUAUAUUUUUUAUUCGUUUCACGAAGCUGUAAUUUAACGAUUGGGCAGCUGCGAGCCGAAUCGAAAUUUCAUAGCUGUUGUUGUAAUAGUUUAGCAUUUCUUCUUGACAGGAAUGUCAAUGAGAUUUUUGAUAAUUUUGUAA